GGCCUAAUGGCCCUAUGAACCUAUAGUUGACUGUCCAACCGAACCGAAUACGAAAAACGUGUUUUCUUCAAUAUAAGACCGUAGAGAAAGCAAGCGAAGAGGGUAGUAGAGGAUGAAGAUGCUUUCAACAGCCCUGCGGAACAGUGCCCUCGCUGCAGGACCUACACUUCGGCGAAGUCUGGCAACGCAUGUGCCGUUUUAUGAAAAGGACUGUUCUUCAAUCACCCCACCUUAUACCCAGCUUAUUGAAAAAUGGGAAUAUGUUCGGGAGCUCCUGAACAACCGUCCCUUGACUUUGGCUGAAAAGAUCUUGUACAGUCAUCUCAAUGACCCGGAGAAGAGCUUGUCUGGAGGAGGGAAGAUCAGGGGAGAGAGCUACCUACAGCUCACUCCUCAGCGAGUCGCAAUGCAGGACGCUUCUGCCCAGCUUCAGUUUAUGAGUGCUGGUCUCUCUCGAUGUGCCGUUCCAACCAGCAUACACUGUGAUCAUCUUAUUCAAGCUAUCGACGGUGCAGAAUCAGACUUGAAGCGGUCGAUUGCUUCCAAUAAGGAGGUGUUCGACUUCCUUGAAAGUGCUGCUCGCAAGUACGGUAUCGAAUUCUGGAAACCGGGCUCUGGAAUCAUUCACCAAAUCGUACUCGAGAACUAUGCUGCUCCAGGAAUGCUUAUUAACUUCGCGAAAGACUUGGGUCGUUGGACUGACGUAGUGAUAGAUUCACAUACGCCCAAUGCCGGAGGGCUCGGUCUGCUGGCCAUUGGUGUUGGAGGUGCUGAUGCGGUUGACGCCUAUGACUGGAACUCCUUGGGAACUGAAGGCCCCUCAGGGUUGAUGUCAGGCAUACACUUGACCGGGAAACUCAAUCAAUGGGCAACGCCUAAGGACUUGAUCCUUCACCUCGCUGGACAAUUGACAGUCCGGGGAGGCACUGGACGCAUUUUGGAGUACUUUGGCCCUGGUGUGGCCAGCCAAUCAUGUACAGGUCUCGCGACGGUUGCUAAUAUGGGAGCUGAAGUUGGUGCUACGACCUCCACUUUCCCUUACACAGAGAACAUGCGCGCAUACUUGAAUGCAACAGGACGUGCGCCUGUCGCUCGUGCUGCUGACAAGGCUGCAUCGAUGGGCUUCCUGAGUGCCGAUGAGGGUGCUGAGUAUGACGAAGUCAUUGAAAUAAACUUGUCCGAACUUGAACCAACUAUCAACGGUCCUUUCACUCCUGAUUUAGCAACACCUUUAUCGAAGUUCGGGUCUUUCGUGAAAGAGCAGGGUUGGAAGGACGAACUUUCAGCUGGCCUUAUUGGUUCGUGCACUAACAGCUCAUACGAAGACAUGACGCGAGUGGCAGAGCUGGCCAAACAAGCAAAGGCUGCUGGCUUGGUCACCAAGGUUCCUUUUCUUUGCACUCCUGGUUCUGAACAGAUUCGAGCGACUAUGGAGCGAGAUGGCGUUAUAACUACAUUGGAAGAUGUCGGUGCUGUGGUUUUGGCAAAUGCGUGCGGUCCUUGUAUCGGUCAAUGGAAACGAGAUGAUAUGAAGGGUGAAGAAAAUGCAAUUUUGACAUCUUUCAAUCGGAACUUCAAGUCUCGCAAUGAUGGAAACAGACUAACUAUGAACUUUCUCGCGUCGCCUACGAUUGUGACGGCUAUGGCAUUCUCCGGCUCACUGUCGUUUAAUCCGAUGACGGAUACCCUGACUCUGCCCUCUGGCAAACCAUUCAAGUUCGCCCCACCUGCUGGACAGGAUUUACCAACAGAAGGUUUCACUCAAGGCAACACCGACUACUAUCCUUCUCCCACACCAGAGCCACAACCAGAAACUGAGGUCGUCAUUCGUGCAGACUCUCAGCGUCUCGAACUGUUGGAGCCUUUCCAAAGUCAUUUCGGCGACAGGGGUCUGGAACUCCCGCCCUUGAAAGUACUGAUGCGCGUAAGAGGGAAAUGCACUACUGACCACAUCUCUGCGGCCGGCCCUUGGUUGAAAUACAAGGGACAUCUCACUAACAUUUCUGAAAAUCUUCGUACGUCUUGCGCACUUUUAGCACAUUUUGCUGUGAAUGACGAAGGGGGCAACGUGAAUGUUGCAUUCGACCAUGAUCGUGCCGCCGGCGAGACUGAGACAGACACCAUUCCCGCAGUCGCAAAACGGUUCAAAGCUCGCAAUCAGCCUUGGACUCUGGUCGUUGAUGACAAUUAUGGCGAAGGUAGUGCCCGUGAGCACGCUGCGCUUCAGCCUAGGUUCUAUGGGUGUGCAAUGAUCGUCGCAAGAUCUUUUGCCCGGAUUCACGAGACUAACCUGAAGAAACAAGGAGUUCUUCCUCUUUGGUUCGCCGACAAGACCGACUACUCUCGCAUCGGAUCAGGCGAUGUAGUCGAGACUAUCGGCUUGGCAGACCUUAUCGAGGGACGACAAAAUGCCGUAGUUACACUCCAAGUCACCAAGCGUACUGGCGAGGUAUUUGAGAUACUCACAAAACAUACCAUGUCGGAGGAUCAGUUGAAGUGGUUCCGCGCGGGUUCUGCCCUCAAUUUCAUUCGCUCACAGAUGUCGUGAUGAACCGAUUACAUUCUGAGUUGUAGUGUAUAAAAGUUGCAAGUGAAUAUCAUUACUAUUAAGGGAAUA